ACUUUACAUGAUGCUCAGUAAGCGGUUACCCAAAGAAGCUUAGCGUUGUGGUGCAGAGGUUUACGAGAGUAGUGCACGUCGAAAUCGACGGUCGCUUGUUGCUGUCGGCAGCGCGCACGUCGCGACUUGCAAGGAAUGCCCGUUUUUGGUGCGCGCACUAAAAGAAAAGUUACGGUACAGCUCCUGUGAACGUUGAGUGGUGACGGAGGUCGAGCUCUGUAACAGGAGGUUGUGGAGAGAGUUGCAGACGGGACGGCACGUAUAUAGCGGGCACAGGGAGUCUGGAAGGAGCUAUGGAGGACCUCGAUGCCCUACUGGCAGAUUUAGAGUCUACUACUUCCCACAUCUCUAAGCGUCCUGCAUUUCUUUCUGAGGAGACUCCAUAUUCCUACCCUACUGGGAGCCAUACAUACCAGGAAGUUGCAGUUCCACCUCCUGUUCCUCCUCCACCUUCAACAGAAUCACUGAAUGGAGCCAUUCCUGACUCAAAUGACCAUUGGCAGAGUUCUCUUUCUAAAUUUACACCCCAGCAGUCACAGAACCACAUUUACUCGACAAGUGCCAAAACCAGUACCUCCAUUUCAAGAGAUGCCACUGUGAGUCCUGCAGCUUCACGAGUUGGUGAAGAUGAACAUGUUUACAGUUUUCCAAACAAGCCAAAAUCGACAGAUCCCUCCACAGCUAUGAUGAACUCCUUGCUCGGCAGCAACCUCUCGGAGCUGGAUCGUCUUUUGUUGGAGUUGAAUGCUGCUCAACACAGCACGCCCAGCAGCCUUAUUACAGAUGACUCCAGUCUAGGCCUUCAACAGCCUUCAGGAACCAUAUCUUACCCUGCCAUCAACAGCAGUCAGGAAAAUGGUGGACCUUUGGCAGCAAAAGUACAGCUUUCUUCCAAAGGGCAGCCAAAACGAAAUGGUGGGCAAGGAAUUGAGGAUGUGCGACCUAGUGUGGAGAGCCUACUUGAUGAACUGGAAAGUUCAGUACCCACACCGGUUCCUGCUACAUCUGUGAUAGAGAGCGACAUAAGUACAACUCAGCGUGUCACCCCAAGCCAGCAAGCUCGUAUCUCUGCCUCUUCAGCAACUCGGGAACUGGAUGAACUUAUGGCAUCAUUGUCAGAUUUCAAGGUGCAGAGCACUUUUAUGGCUCAGGGAAAGGCAGGUGUCUCCCCACCAUCUGCACCAAAACCUGGGAGUCAGCUGGACAGCAUGCUUGGCAGUCUACAAUCCGACCUCAACAAAUUAGGUGUCACCACAGUGGCAAAGGGUGUGUGUGGAGCAUGCAAGAAGCCAAUUGCAGGUCAGGUUGUCACUGCCAUGGGUCGUACUUGGCAUCCAGAACAUUUUGUCUGCACUCAUUGUCUGGAAGAAAUUGGGUCACGGAAUUUCUUUGAGAGAGAUGGGCAGCCAUACUGUGAAAAGGAUUACCACAAUCUUUUUUCUCCCCGCUGCUACUACUGUAAUGGGCCCAUCCUUGAUAAAGUGGUGACUGCUUUGGACAGGACCUGGCACCCAGAGCAUUUCUUCUGUGCUCAAUGUGGAGCAUUCUUCGGGCCAGAAGGAUUCCAUGAAAAAGAUGGAAAAGCUUACUGCCGUAAGGAUUAUUUCGACAUGUUUGCCCCAAAGUGUGGUGGGUGUGCACGUGCCAUCCUGGAAAAUUACAUCUCUGCUUUAAACACACUGUGGCACCCAGAGUGCUUUGUGUGCAGGGAGUGCUUUACACCCUUCAUCAAUGGCAGUUUUUUCGAACAUGAUGGGCAGCCCUAUUGUGAGAUGCAUUAUCAUGAAAGACGUGGGUCUCUCUGCUCCGGCUGUCAGAAGCCUAUCACAGGUCGCUGUAUUACUGCUAUGGGCAAGAAAUUCCACCCAGAACACUUUGUCUGUGCCUUCUGCCUGAAACAGCUUAACAAAGGAACCUUCAAGGAACAGAACGACAAGCCUUACUGCCAAACUUGUUUCCUCAAGCUGUUUUGUUAGAAUGUGCCAAGCUCCCAGUUCAUGUAAUGAUGGGCAGUGUUUCUUCAGGCUCUUUUCUUAGAGCUCACUAAGUGCCACACUGAUCUAUUGAUGGGUAGUUUUGUCAGCACCUGCAGAGUGCCCCAUUGAUGGCACUAUGGGCAGUGUUUCUCUUAAUAAAGUGCAUUCCCAACAUCCCCUUAGUUCCUGUUACUGUAGUUUCUCAUUUUGGAAUAAAUACAUAUAUAUUUUUUCACUCUAUGGACUUGCUUUAACAGUGUAAAACUCUGCACAUAUUAAUCCUUAACUCCAUUCUGUGGUGCUGUAUGCAUUGAAGGAGUUUGUCCUCGUAGCUGCCCAUCACUAGAUUAGUGGAUUCUUUACACAAGUAAACAACCAGCCAGAUGUCUCUUCUCGAGAGUAAUUGCAGAUGCACAUUUGGGUUUGUUCUAUACACACAAUGCAGAGAACAUCUUUAUAAUUUGACAUGGUGGGUUGUGCUUUUUAUCUUCAGAAAUUGUGAAUUUGCUGGGAAUGCAGACUGAUAAGUGCCUGUUAGUUCAUGUACUUGAUGUUUGUACUGUCUUGAUAAGAAUGUAGAAACCUGAAGCUGUGCUCUAUUUUGUUUGCUAUAUAUGUUCAACCUAUGCUUCAUGCAGAUACUCAAACAUGCACACACACACACACACACACACACACACACACACACACACACACACAAUGGUUUAGCAGUCCAUCAGAUGUUGUCAGUCCUCUUUUUUUGGCCCGCUCUGCAGGACUUAACCCAGCAGCUCCUCUACCUUCACCCAGUUUGCCCAUUCAUUCUGUGGGAAAUGGGAGCUCAUCAUUCAUGGAUUAUUUGAGUGACCUGGUGGAAUCUCUGUUCCCAGUAAAGUGUCAGGUAAUAGGGAGAGGGCCAACGUGCUGGUCCUUGUCUGGAGAGAGGCCUUUCCCUCCCCCCAUUGGGGCCCCCUCCACCUACCUCAGCUGUUGCUGUCUCCCAAGGAAGGGCAAGCUGAGUUCCUCUUGGCUUGUAGUGUGACUGCACUUUGACAGCAUGCUCAAGACCCACUUGGCAUAACUCUUAAUGUUCCUGUGAGCUUUCAUCCUUACUGUAAACCAGAGCCACCACCUACCCACAAGAUAGGUGAGCCAGUAGCAUCUAUUCACUGUCCCCCCCCCCCCCCAAGAAGCUCCUGCAGCACCUGAGCUAUCAAACUGUGGACGCUUGCAGUGUUCACAGGACUUUAUUCCUUUCUGCCAUGUUAUUGGCUUCAGUCUGCAGUCCUUGAACAGCACUGCUGAAUUUCCAGAUCUGGGGAAAUGCUUAUAUUUGUUAUGAAGUGAAAGUGAAAAAUUGUGGUGCAGGUAUUUAUCAUUUUUGUAGAACACGUUGGAUGUCUGUACAUAAAAUGUCAGCUUGGGCACAGUUUUCCAAGACUGUGAUCCAUUUGAAACGACCAUGUUCUGUGUAAGAACAGUAUAUAUUUUAGCAUUUGCUGUACAUCAUGUUGAAUAAGUGGCAGUUUUGACAAGAUGUCACAGGUGAGACCUUAGAACUAACAUCUAUGCUACUAGUCUGACUUUUCAUGCAUGACACUUAAAGCUGUUUCCCCUUGUACUAAAUUUGGCAUCCCUGAUUUUUAGUGCAUGGGAGUGGGAGACAGAGUUCUGGGUUAAGUACUUCAGGAACUUAGAUCUAGUAUUCAGUAUGUUAGUUCAACAUUUAGUGGAUAUGUUGCUGUAAGGCUCCGGAUUUAGUACAUGAAAGAAGGGUUCAUUAGUUACACUAGACUUUUAUUGCAUAGCAUUAAGGCUAGGACUCUCUAUUUGGUGCAUAGCAGUAUGCCUUAGAUCGAAGGACUUGAGCAUUUAGUAUGUGUGACAGAGCUGACUUCUUACUGUGAGUGGGGAAGGACACUGUGUUCACUGAGACUGGGGCUUAGUAUUUAGUGUCUGGGUGGGACUCAGUUAUGUAAGACAGGGCUGACAGCCUAUUGUGCCUGGGAAGAUUCUCUUUUGUGUGUCAACUGGGCUUGGUAGUAUGUAUGUGGAACAAGUCUCAGAGCCUGGUAGGCCUAGGAGAAAGACUGUUUAGUGUGUGUGGUUAGGGCUCAGCAUUUAAUAUAUUAAACAAGUUUCAGAGCUUAGUGUGUAUUGGGGAAAGACUGCAUGCACUGCAUUGAGAGCUUAAUGUUUAGUAUACUUAACAGUGCUUAGUGUGCAUGGGAGGUGGACUGCUUGUUUAGUGUGUGGAAGUAGGGCUUGCAGCAUUUAGUCUGUGUGUGGUAGUAGGGCGCAGAGCUUAAUAUGCGGAAGAAAUGGCCCCUUUUCCUGUUUGAUGUUUGCAGUUCAAAGUUUAAUAUGCAUGAGGAGAAGAAUUGUACAUUUAGUGAGUGGGGGAAAGAUUCAGAAUGUAGUGUUAGUGGUGGUGAAGACAGACCAUAUACUGGCUCUUGCUGGGUGCAAUGCAGAAAAACUAAUUCUGGGAAGGACACCAGUCUGCCAUGGUGUGCGCAUAUGGCAUGCUCAUCAGUAGGCAGAAUAGAAGACUGCCAUUUCACAUACAGUAUGCCUUUAGUAUAUGAGAGGAAAGUGAAGCAGCCUGCAAAUUUUAAACUUUACACAGAUGGCAUCCCAGCCAGGAACUGCACUUAGAACACCGUGCUUUGAAGCAUCUGUGCUAACGUCCGCUUCACCCAGCUCUUGCAAGUUAUAAAGUGGUAAUGCAGCAUCUUCCUUUGCAAAGACCCGUGGAGGACCAAGUAUGUUUUGGAUUACUAAAACGUCCUGGUUGAGUAUUUUAAAAAAGCUUAGGAGAUUGCAAUUCCCUUGCCAAUGCACUGUACUCCAAACCAAGGAAUGUUCAUUGCAGCAGCCACUGUGGUCAUCCAUGUUUUCAUGUACCUGUGCUACUGCAUCCAAAAUAUAAGUGUUCUAUGUCCUCUGUCUUCUUUAGAGGAGGAAGACCUGUAUGGAACAGUUUCACAUGGCCAUGGAUCUACUGUUAGUAAUGUUAACAUUUAGUCAGAGCAAGUGCUUAGGUGCCUGCAUUGUUAGCUUUUUAGGCAGUUUAUAGUAACAUGGCUCCACUUCUGAGGUGAUUUGAUUGAAAGAACAUGACUGCUGAGGUCAGUGGUGAUCUCACAGCUUGGUAAUGUGAUUACGCAGCUGAUGUGUAAAAAAACAAGUUUGAUAAACUAAAUCAAAUUGCUGCUUUAGCUACUUAUUUAAAUGUGCUUUUAAUGCAUUUUUGUUUCGCCACUGUGCACUUCCAGCACUUUUCAUACCUCAUUAUUUGCAGUGUUGGUGACAUGAAUGAGUUAAAAAGACUGUACAGUGGCAUUGUUUCAGCAACAAGUAAUGCAAUUCUGCCUAAAGUUCUUUGUACUACUAAUGAAGUACAAUGAAUAGAGACCAUUAUUGAUUUGUUAACCAAGCAAGUUUCUUACAUUGACACUAAAGACUAUGGUUCUGUCAUCAACGAGGAUUCUUGUCUGGCAGUAUUGUGUGAGUGACACACCUCUACUCAUUCCAUUUUGCAUUAUCUAUAGGAAAUCUGUCAGAAUUCAGGUUGGCUGCUUUUAUUUCCACUUUGCAGCUCUACCUUUUGUGCCCCUCCCCCAACUCUGUUCCCACUGUGUUUGUAGGGUGAAUGGUCCCAUUCUUACUUUGUAUAUGUUUUGUGCAAAUUCCCAUGUUUCCAUAUCUGAGUGAAUGAACAAAUGAAUUCUGGGACUGAGCUCACUUUACCACUCAAUUAAGUAAUAAUUUUUAGCAGUAAAGUAAUGGUUUCUGCUUUGGAAAUCGCACUGAUUCUGAAGAAAAUCCAUCACUGUGUCCGGCAAAAGGUGGAGAUUUCUGCUUUUAUGUCCUGCAUCAUAAUUUUCCACUCAGCAGUGCCUCCGGACUACUGGUUUCAUGUUGCCUUGAAUUUUGGUGGUGCCCAUUAAAGGUCACACCUGAGGAAGCCACAGUGGCUUUUAAAAAGUGGAAUCAGAUUGCAUGUUGUUUGCAUCACCAGUUACCAGUUCUGUUUAACAAAGUGAGGAUGUUUCUUUGGCAGCUACAGGUAACUUUCCUCUAGCCAUGUCUUUCUUCCCCAGCAUUGUCUGGUCAGUUUCUCACAAUAGCUGUUAACACAUUAGGCUCUUACCUUUCUUCUUUGAAGAAUUGGGGGUCUAGGUAAAAUAAGUAGUGCUUCGUUUGAGUAAAUGACACAGGUGGAAGUUGUAGCUUACGAAAGGCACUUCAGGCACAUCUGCACCCUGCAGAUGAAUAAAGACUAAAACCAUAUGGUUGAUGUGAUCAGUAUACUAGGAAAAAUGGAUGCCUCUCCCUUUUUGCAGUUAGUGAAUCUCUGGAAAUUUCAGCUUCUCCACAGAACCACUCUUUUUACAUUCUGCCUUCCCUGACAGAGUGCUGGUGCCAACACUGUGAGCAUCAGAUCUUAGACUGACUCAUUAGUGGUCUUUGUAAAAUCCAUUUUUCACAGGUAUUGGGUCUGUUUGCCAUGGAAGAUGAUACUCAAACACAUAGAUUUGCUGUCAGCAUUCUAUUCUUGAGAUGUGGAAGACAGAUGCCCUCUCCUGCCUUGGACUGUGAGCUUAUUUUAUGUUUUUCAUCUUUUCUGAUCCUGAAAGGUAUGUUCAGGUACAAAAAUUAUUCUUAUAGCAACUGACCAGUGACAUCUAUGGAUGACCGUACUCCAAGUGGUUUAUCUUUAAUUAUCUGUUAUGACAUAAACAGUCAUGUAUAUAAAUGAAAACAAACCAAAUUGACAUUUUCUCCGUUCUAAACAUUCUGCAUCAUGUACAAUCUUAUUGACAGUCAUUAUCAAACAUUACAUAGCUAACUCAAUUCCUGCCUUCUCUUAAACCUAAUUCUUCCUACAAAACAUUAUUUAGCAUGUAUUGGUCCCACAAUUUCAAUUUUUCUAUGUAAUUUGCAUCUACUGUUUUCUGAAGAUCCCAUUUUCAGUUCUUUUAUCUGUUACUAUAUUCACUACUGCUAAUAAGAUGAGUUAGGCUUUGAUUUACAUUUUCUAAUAAUUGUUUAGGCAGCCACCUGAAUUAAACUCAGCCAGGCCUUACUGUGUCUAUGCAAUUCAGAUCCUGUAUAACAGGUCAAAAAUAAUUUCCUUAGUUAACACCAAUUUGCUCACCAAGUAUUUCAGAUGGAGAAAUCUUUAGGGAAUUUUUAAAGUCUACCAACUUAUUACAAUCCCAAAUAUGUUCCCAGUUACCUCUUUCUUCCCAUCACACACAAAACACUUGCAGUCUACCUGCAGAAAAGUUAUUUGGAUCCUACUUGGGGCAUAAAAAUACAUAUUCAAGCACUUUCAAGCAAAAAUCCUAAAUCUUCUAGACUCUGUUGCAUAUUUGGGACCCAGACAUAUAUUCUUCAAUUAUUUCUGUGUGAAUUGCUUAUCUUGUCUGUCUCUUCACAAUCUUUUCUAGCCUCCUCUUAUAGUAAUUAUGCAAAAUUGUAUAUGCCAUACUAAUUAUCCCUUUGUUUAUAGCAGCUCCUGUUAUAAAUUCAACUAAACCCUACCAGUGGUGGUCUUUCAUUUAGAGUUCCCCAUUCCUUUUUCUUUGCCUAUACUUUGAUAUCAAUCCUGGAUAAGGAAGGUGGUAUCUAGCCUGUAGUUCAAAUUGUAUCCUUGGCCUCUUCUCAUUCAAUUACCUUUCCCUGUCUAGUUGUUUGAUCCCAGUAUGUUGGUUCCUUUGGAGUUUUCUCCAGUAAAUUCCAGCCCCCUAUUGCCAAUUGUUUGUAUCCCUAAUUGCAAUCAUCUCUAUCGGCAUAAUCUCCUUUCUCAAUUCCCAUGUUGGCUUAGUUCUUAGAAUACAGUCUGCUAUUGUUAUCCUCAAGUAUCUCCAUCCAAAAUCCUAGUCUCUCCUUUUUUUUCUUGACCCCCCCCCCCAUUUCAUCAUCAGUCCUUUCCACUUUGAAUUCUAGCCUUCUGCUUCUGCAAUGUAUAGGAGCCUUAACUGUGUAGCUCUGAAAUAUCCCUUCAAAUCAGGUCAUCUAAAACUACCUUGUUCUGUUAGAAAAAUUCCACUUGAUUCUUGCCCUUGUCUCCACACAGAUAAAAUCCCUCAACUCUCUAUUAAUUGCUAUCCAGAACUUCUCUGGUUGUUAAAAAUAUGCCUGACCUGUGUAUUAAACUGAAAGGACUAAAAACAUUUUCACUGCUUGUAUCUUGUUUCACAGUUUUUAUUAUCUUUUGUUUAGUCUCUACCUACAUAUCCUUAGCUGCCCUAACAGAAUCCUUUUCAACCCAUACUCCUGAGUACUCCAUUUUGUCUUGGCCUCAUAAAUGUAGAUAUUGCUGAACCAAUUUGUGUGUGGAUACAUAGUUUAUAGAUGUAACCUUUGUUUUAUUUUCAUUAAUGUUAUAUCCUAAAAUGGCUUGAAACUGUCUCAGAAUAUUCCACCACACUGAGAUGUCCUUUUCUGGUUUUAUCAGAUACAAGAACAAUAUCUGCAUAUAAAGCUAACUUUUCUUUAUUAACGUACCAUUUGUAUCCCUGAAUUUCUGGGUCUCUUAUUUUCUUUGCCAGAGAGGUACAGUGGAUAGCGUUGUCAUCUCACAGCAAGAGAUUUCCUGGUUCAGUUGUCAACUGGGGUGCCUUCUUUGUGGAGUCUGCAUGUCCUCCAUGUUUGUGUGGGUUUCCAAUGGGUGCUCCGGUUUUCUUCCACAUUCCAAAGUCAAUGCAGUAGGUGGUUGGUCACUUUAAAUUGGCCAUAGAUGUGAGUGUGCAUGAAUUACUGUGGCAGGGCUAGCCAUCCAGUGGUAUAAACCUUGGUACUAGAUUGUCACUGUUGAAGUGACACCCCAACCCCAUAUGCAAAAAUAGAAAAAAAGGGGUUUUGGAUGGAUGGAUUAUGUUCAUUGCCAGUGGUUCUGAAUAUAACACAAAUAAAGGGGAAAGAGGACACCCCUGCCUGGUUUCUGUGCUCAGACAGCACUUACUAAAGAAGAAGCACCCCUCCCACUUGAAUUUUUUACUCUGAUCCCUCAUAUAUCCUCCUAAUUAACCUUAUUUUGUAAAUUAAUGCAAAUGCUUCAAUUGCCAUACUUGUAAAAUCCCAGUUUACACUGUUGAAUGCUUUCUGUGCAUCAAGACCCACCCACAACAGUGGUAUUUUCUUACAUUCUGCUUCCCUCUCGAUCAUUGUUGUUCUGUUAAUGUCAGAUGUUUGUCUCCCUUCCACA